AUGUGGUGGUCCCCAGUGGCUCCAAGAAGCUUUACAGUGGCCCCCAAAAGCUAUACAGGGGCCCCUAGUGGCCCCAAGAAGCUAUAUGGUAGGCCCCAGAAGCUAUAUGAUGGCACCCAGAAGCUAUACGAUGGUCCCCAGUGGCCCCCAGAAGCUAAAGGAUUGCAUCCAGUGGCCCCCAGAAACUAUAUGGUAGCCCCCAGAAGCUGUACGGUGGCCCUCAAUGGCCCCAAGAAACUAUACAGGGGCCCCAGUGGCCCCCAGAAAAUUAAGGACACGGGUCACCAAAAAUGGCUACAAGAUAUCGCAGGCCAUCUGGGAAAAAAUGCCCGAAAGGUGGCGAGGAGACUGGGUGUCACCGAUGAGGAUAUCGAAAAUAUCGACAGUAAUCAUAAAGAUAACAGUGAGGAGGCAGCGUACCAGAUGCUAAGGAAAUGGUACCAGAACUAUCGCGGGAAAAACCCUAUUCCUGAACUUUACGAGGCACUGGUUGAGUGUGAAUUGAAGGGAAUAGCUGAUAGAUUUCUACCUAAUAGUACGGGGCAUGGUUCUAUUCAUCGAAAAAGAUGCAAUAUCGCAAAGACUGUUGGGAACUUCAUAACAACGGAAGACAUGAAAAAGUGCAAAAAACAUUUGGAAAAUGAAAACAGUAUUGUUCUUACAGGACUAAGUGGAAGUGGAAAAACUGAAAUUGCGAAACGUUACUGGGAAGAUAAUCGACAAAAAUAUGAAUGCGGAUGGUUAAUCCACAGUGGAACAGAAGAGAAUAUCCGCAAUGCGUUAGCAAAAUGCAGUAGAAGGUUUCAACGUGUUGAUCCCGACGUAACGUUGCUACUGGAGGAUAUAUGCGAAGAAAUGAAACGGGAAUCUGACAGGAAGUUCUUUAUAAUAUUCGAUGAUGUGUCACCUGCGACCCAAAAAAUAAUUCAAGAACAUUUCGACACGCGAUUGGCUGAUAAUAUAACUGUUAUCAUAACAACCCAAACAGUCCAACAUGGUAAUGAAAACAGCCUAAAAAUUGAAGGUUUCAGCCAAGAAGAAAUGCUUGAACUUUUACGUGAGCUAGAAACUGAAACAAGAAGUAAAGUAAAACUUUGGAACGAAAUGGGUCGAUUGCCAUGUGCCCUCGUGUGUGCAGAAUACGAUAUAAACAAACAGAAAACGACAAUCGAACAAUAUCUGAAAGCCGUAAAUGAUGUAGAUAUCAAUCCUAUGAUAGAACAGAGAACACAAAACGCACUUGGAUCAGAUUACAACAAACGUGGAUUCGUGAAAGCCCACGUCCAAAGUGUGAGAAGCAUGAUGAAAGAAAUAGAAGAGGAAUUUAGCGAUGAUAAAGUUCAUGUUGCAAGGGGACUAUGUCUUGUAUUUAAGUCGAUGGCCUAUAUGAAUUCGAACGCGAUACCAGUUUCCUUUCUUGUUAACCUACUCUCUUUAAUUUUAGACCAAAAGACACCGUUACCCGAGGAAAAACUGGAGCAAUACAUUAAUCAAUUGAUUGAUAAAAUGCAAAUUCGUUGGUUUGUAACCAUAUUCAAAGAGGAUUCUGACCGAUUUUUGGACAGUCAUGAUUUAGUUAAGUUAGCCACUCGAAUGCAAAUUGAUGUUGACUCUCGAAAUGAACCCCUUGAAAAACUGUUCAAAGCUUUACUAAGUUGCUUUGCUAAGGAUACGGGAUUCAUGGCGUAUUUCAAGACAAACGCGGCACUUUUACCUCACGUGGAAGAAGCUUUGGACCGUGUAGAACAGCUAAGGCACGAUGAUCCAACUGAAAUGCAACGUCCUUAUCUCUCUUUGAUGGAAAUUGGCCUCUUGGAUGUACUUGGAAAUGUCUACGCAAAAACCGAACGAGAGGAACAAUCCGAGAAAAAAUUAGAACGAGCGGUAGAUCUAUUCUUUGAACUCAUUGACGAAAAUGACAUAUCUGUACAAAGUGAAUCAGAUAUUGUGGCUACUGCUCAAGACAUUUACCGGAAAUUACAUAACUUGGUAACUCAGAAUGAAGAUGUGAACGUCCUGUCCAACUUCGUUGUUGGGUUGGUUCUAAAUAAAACCGACGUUGAGCAACUGAGACGUAUUGCUGGAGACAUCAAAUUCCCAGAGCGUGGUUCCCAAUUUCUAGUGGACGUUAAUACGUAUCACAAACUAGUUAAGCACGGCGUUGCCCUUCCGGAGGAGGAAUUGAAACGAAUGUACCUUCCGGAACUUUUUGCCUCUGUUCUUUAUGAGUACGGAAGAUUAUACUUGAAAAAUGCAGACAAAUUCAAGAACAUCAAGGAUGAAAAACGCAUAAAGAAGAUCAAAUCAGCCAUAAAUUUGUCACAUGCUGUAUGUCAAGUUAUUACCGAAAAAACUGAUGUCCACGUGCUCCAUACCAUUCUCACCAAACGCAAUAUUCUGCUGCACGUCUACUCAGAAGAUUUAGAUGAUGACGGCAACGCAAAGCAGCCGCUUCGCAAGCUAAAUGAUCUAUACAAAGGGAAGAAAAAAUACGAAGAACUUCUUGAAGAAGCUGUUGAUAGGAAAUGGUUCCAGCAUGGUAUAAUGAAGUGA